AUGAGUCAGGAGUAUUUCCCCGGCAAAGGCGGCUCCUCAGCCGGAGAGGGGCCAUCUAGACAGCCGCCAGACGAGCUUCCAGAGCAAAGCCCGUUCGCCCCCCGGCCCCCGCCCGCUUAUAUGACUGUUGGUAAUGGUUCGACUUCGGAGAGUGCUACGGCUUUGAUGUCUUCGUUACAUACGGAUUCGGGAUAUGGUGGAAGCGUUGCAGAUGGAGCGUCAAGCGCGGAUUGGAGAUCUGAUAUGUUGGUGGACAGACCGACUCCCGCGCAUACCCCAACACAACAGGGAGAAUGGAAUCCUGCUGCUGAGCAUGAGAAGCAGGUUGUGGCUAGCCAUGUUCAUCAGCUACUAUACAACUCGAAUCGAACAAAGCUUGCGCGCGCGAUCUCCCGGACUAUCGAGACAUUGAGGGAGCUCCAGGACAUGAACCGACAAUGGCCUGCCCACUACCCUUCCGUACAGAACUUUCCGGAUUCCCCGUCGCAGCGGCCAUCGCUACAGCAAAGCCAAUCGUACUUCGGCGACGCCACCCACCCGGAUGAUCCACGACCUGGAAAUCUAAGGCGUGCAGCAACAAUGCCCUCGAAGGAAGACUUGGCAGAGUCAAGUAUCACCGCAGAACGCCGGUCUCCACCGGAACCGAGAUUGAUGAGCCCUCAGAUCGCGCAAGAGUUCUCCAUCCUGAAGCUUGACUUGAAGCUAGGAGCCCUCUCGCAAGCUGAAUUGGUGCACUCCUUGGAAAAGGCCUCGAUUGCGUCGCUUCUGGAUGGCAAGAUUAGCCAGAGUGUUAAGCAUCUCCUUUCGUUGCGGGAUAGAAUUGAGGACAUUUCCAGCAAGGUUCUGAUUACGGGGGACCUGAAUGCCGGAAAGUCUACGUUUUGUAACGCCCUCUUGCGCCGCAAGGUUCUUCCAGAAGACCAGCAACCCUGCACUAGCAUCUUUUGCGAGGUUCUUGAUGCUCGCGAGAACGGUGGACUCGAGGAAGUGCACGCCGUGCAUAAGGACCGACAGUAUAACCGCAAUGACGAAACCACAUAUGACGUCUAUUCCCUGAAUCAGCUGGAGGAUAUCGUUGUCGACAACUCGAAGUAUAUGCAGUGCAAGGUAUACGUGAAGGACGUGCGAACUAUUGACGAAUCUCUGCUAAACAACGGUGUGGUCGAUAUUGCCUUGAUUGAUGCCCCAGGCCUCAAUUCAGAUUCCCUCAAAACUACAGCUGUUUUUGCUCGUCAGGAGGAGAUUGAUGUGGUCGUCUUUGUCGUUUCUGCUGCCAACCAUUUUACACUCUCGGCUCAGGACUUUAUCUGGAAUGCAGCACAUGAGAAGGCUUAUAUGUUUAUCGUUGUCAAUGGCUUCGACCAAAUCCGUGAUAAGCAACGAUGCCAGCGGAUGAUUUUGGAUCAGAUCAAGAAACUCAGCCCCCGGACAUACAAGGAAGCCGCCGAACUCGUCCACUUUGUUUCUAGUAACGCCGUACCUGUUGCGCCUCAGAUUCCCGUCGGGGGCCCAGGAGGCGGAGGUGGCGGUGGUGGAGGUUCCGAUCCAAACGGAAACGACUGGCCCGGUGCUGGAGACGACGACGAUGGUAAGCCUGAGGACAAGGGCAAGGGUAAAGGCAAGGAGAAAGAGAAAAUUCAAGAUUUCGAGACUUUGGAGGGGUCGUUGCGCAGAUUCGUUCUCGAGAAGCGAUCUCGCUCGAAGCUCGCUCCCGCCAGGACCUACCUUCUCAACCUUCUCGCAGAUAUCAACGCUUUAGCAUCUGUUAACCGUGAAGUUGCGGAUGCUGAGCUCCAAAGUGUGGUGCAGGAGCUAGCAGAGCUGGAGCCAGCAUACGAGAAUGGCAAGAAAAAGAAGGUCGAGCUCCAGGAACAAGUUGACAAGUGCAUUGACGACUCUUGCGAUGACGUCUAUAAUCAUACCCGUUCGACUUUGUCCUCCGCCAUCUCGAACGUCUCGGAGGCCAACCUAGGCGUCGAUUAUCCUGGUAUCUUCUCUGCCUUCCAGUACGCCGAGGAUCUGAAGUUUGCUAUGCUGGAACAUAUCUCUGCCUCUGUUACAACCUGCGAGGAUUAUGCUCGCGCAAAGACCGCUCAAGGUGUAGGAUUCAUCCAGAAUAUCGGUUUGCUACAUAUUGGAGAGGAUAAGUUCACGCCUUUGAACUUCCGCGCCGAUAUGAUGUUCCGUCGUGGUCGUCGUCAUGCACUCGCGAGACAGGUCAACACGGAAGUUGAGUUGUUAGAUUUCUUUGACAUUGCCGGUAUUUGGGAGCGGCAAGAGAAGAUUGCCGGAACCGGUAUGGCGAUGACAGCUGUGACUAUCCUUGGUGGCAGGGCGUUUGGUGGUAUCAGCUGGGUCGACAGCAUGUUCAGCGCGGCCAAGUUCCUCGGACCAAACAAUCUGCGACGUCUGUUCCUCCCCGGAAUUGUCGCGGCUGCCGUUCUCACAACCGCCUAUGUGCUCUCUACGAUCCCCCAAACACUUCCUCCUCGGCUUUCCCGCAAGAUCGCUGCUACGCUUUCAGAAAUGGAUUACGUCCAUUCCAACUCGACUCGGAUCUCAACUGAGGUCCGCCGUAUCCUGCGCAUGCCCGCCGGUAACCUGCAAAACUCCCUGGCCCAAGACAUUGAGGAUCUCGGUCGCCGUAAACAGGAGGUUAGCAAGACCAAGCAAGAGAGCGAAGUCGCCAGUAAGUACUUCGCAAACCUAUACCGCGACAGCAGCGAGAACAGGAACUCCGUCGAGAACAUCGACCUCGACGGCCCGCUGCCCGGUGGACUCGGCGCCUAUGACGCCUAG